AUGGAGAGCAGCGGCCGGAUGGAGGAGAUAAAGGCGCCGCUGCUGGGGCAGAAGGAGCUGGGCGGGUGUCGGAGAUGGCGAUCGGGGAAUCUGCGCGGCGACUUUGUGUCCCGCCUUCCGGAGAAGGUCCGCCCGGGCGUUGACCCGGAGAAACCCUUCUUCAUCGACAUUUCCCGCACGUCGGGACUCAUCGAAGGUAUCUUCUAUUGUGGGAUUCUUCUCCCUGAAGGCCCCCCGCCGCCACUCCGGCGGUGGAGCUCCAUCUUCUGACUUUCUGGUCCUCUCCCUUGGAGGAUCUUUACACUGUUUGCUUUCUUUCCCCACCGAGAUGAUUCCCAGCUUUUUCCCUGGAUGCGGUGAGCGAUGCCCUACUUUUUUCGGCGCACUCGAUCGGAAAGUGGUUUCUCUCUCUCUCUCUCUCUCUCUCUCUCUCUCUCUUUCUCUCUAUCUAUCUAUUAUCUAUCUCUUGGUGUGCUGAGUGGAUCUAGAAAAUCCAAUCGGCGCUUCAUGGUCGGAUGAGAUGUGCCCCGUUGCUUCCGCCGUUCGCUCGUCACCUUCCAUGUCUGUGGCUUUCGCCCAUGGCUUCUCUGUUGUUUUGGCUCCUCUCUCGCUCUCUCGCUCUAUCAUCUGGAGAUUCUGGUUUCUCUCUUUCCUAUUUACAAUCAGAGCUAGUCAUUUGCUUGUGGGAAGAACUUUAUUCCUCGUUUUCAGUUCUCCAGCAUUGAUCCGCAUGCUUUCUGCAAACCCUGUUGAUGAGAUGCCUUACAGAAGAGAAUGCGAACUAUCCAUGUUUCUAGAUCACAUAGUAGCUCCAAGUUUUGUGUACAAGGAUGCAAUAUUUAUCAGUCUUUUUUUUUAGCCUGGAUAUUGUUGGGUUGAUGCCUGUGUUUUUUCCCCUUUUUUUGGCAUUUUUCUCGAAUACCAUGAUUCAUAUUCUGAGAAUUAGAAGGUUGGUUCAUAAACGUAGCUCAAAAUCCCCAACCAACAGCUAUUGAUCACUGUGGCAUGCUUUUUAGUGGAAGAAAGUAGGGAUGAUUUUCACCUCCAUGUUCUGGUACUGCGCAUUUAUGAAACGAUUUUGACUUUGGUUGAUUGGCGAAUCGACAUAAUUGGUCAACUCAGACUGAGCUCUGAUUUAUUCGUUGAGUUCCUUCCUUACCGAAAGACCAAGUGAUAUUCCCUUCUGGGACGAUUAACCAGAGAUGAUGCGAGCUGUUCUAAUUCUGCGUCUCUGAACAAAUAGAUUGGGUCUUCCUCUUGCUUGUUGGUUAUUUCCAGUUUGAACGUUUCUCUCAUGUGGGAUGUUCAUAACAGGCGAGAAGGAAUACUAUGAAAGGCAGUUUGCCACUCUCAGGUCAUUUGAGGAGGUUGACCUGUUGGAGGGAGCGGUCAACGAUGUGAUUGACGAUCUGGAAGAAGAAAUGAAUAAUGAAUUUGCAAUGAAGGUGUCCAAUUAUGCAAAUGUAGUUCUGCUGAUAUUCAAGGUCAACCUCCAUCUCUCUCCCUUCCUGCUUACCUUGUCAUACAGGGCUGCGACCAAGAGCAUACAUGCAUACGUGGCCAAUACCCAUUUGUCCACGAUGAUUGCAGAUUUAUGCGACAGUAAGAAGCGGUUCGCUCGCCAUCGCUGCUUCAACUCUCGAUUCGUUGCUGGAUCUCAUGGCGGGUGGCAUUCUUUGGUUCACUCAUCUGUCGAUGAAGAGCAUCAACAUCUACAAGUACCCAAUCGGCAAGCUGCGCGUGCAACCAGUGGGCAUCAUCAUUUUCGCUGCUAUUAUGGCUACGCUAGGCAAGCAUCUCCCCAACUUCGCCUCUAGUAGCUUCAAGCAUGCUGGAGACGUCCGAACCAUGCUCAUGAUUUCAUGUGUGAUAUUUGAUCGAUGUUUCUAUAGUGGAUCUACAGGAACCGAGAAAAUUUCAUAUGAUUUCGUUGCCCGGAGUCUGUCGGCCCGGAGAGUUCAAGAGAUCUGCCGUUUCACUUCGUAUUCCCUGCAGGUUUUCAGGUUCUGGUACGGGCCGUGGAGCAGCUGAUCCAAGACGAACCGGCCAAGAAGAUGACCGGGGAGCAGCUCAUAUGGUUGUAUUCCAUCAUGUUGACCGCGACUGUGGUCAAACUCGCCCUCUGGAUUUACUGCAGGAGCUCGGGAAACAAGAUCGUCCGUGCCUACGCCAAGGUUUCCUCACCCGGCCCUCGAGCUCGAAUCCCCGAGAUUGCUAUAAAUAUUGCAUAAAAAUGUCAACUUUUUUCUUUUUAUAGGAUCAUUAUUUCGAUGUGGUGACUAAUGUAGUCGGAUUGGCGGCCGCUGUUCUUGGGGAUAAGUUCUUCUGGUGGAUCGAUCCCGUUGGUGCAAUCAUCCUCGCUGUCUACACAAUCACCAACUGGUCUGGAACCGUGCUGGAGAACGCAGGUUUUUCUUCCACGCCCAUGUGUUUUUAUUUACCUUAUUUUAUAAAAAAAAUUGUGGAAGGGAAGCAUAUCCGUUUCUUGUUUAUAUUUUCUGAUAUUUUUUUUUUCUCUCUCUCUCUCUCUCUCUCUAGAUUUAAUGAUGGCCGGUGAGUUUAGGGCAUUUUCUUUCUCACUCUCCUUUAUCCGACGUAGAUUUUGUUCUUCCCCCCUUCCAUUUUGUCAACUUGACCGUGGUUGAGAUAAACUUGACCUAUCUCUCUCUCUCUCUCUCUGUGACUUUCUCUCUCUUAAAAUAUGAGGAUGAGAAAGGAACCAUGCUUGAAGUGGAUGAGAUCUCCGUUAGUUCUGUGAGUUUAUGAGGAUGUGGUCACCCUGAGAUGAUUUCCUAGGAGAAAACAGUCUGGCAUAAUUGACCAACCAGGGACGCAUUUCUCGGUCAACGCCUGAUCUGAAUGUCGUUCUUGCAGUUUCUCUUGUUGGCCAGUCGGCCCCUCCUGAGAUGCUGCAGAAGUUGACUUAUCUGGUCAUCAUGCAUCAUCCCGAAAUAAAGCGGGUCGACACCGUGCGAGCAUACACAUUUGGUGUUCUCUACUUUGUCGAGGUCAGCGUGGUCAACCCUUCACCAGAAGACCUCUCUCUCUCUCUCUCUCUCUCUCUAUAUAUAUAUAUAUAUAUAUAUAUAGAUCUCUUCGAGUAAAGUUUUACUGCGCAUGUAUUUAUUAUUGAUUCAUUUUUACCAAAAAUGGCAGGUUGACAUUGAGCUCCCCGAAGACCUUCCCCUGAAGGAGGCCCACGCCAUCGGGGAGUCGCUGCAGAUAAAGAUCGAAGAGCUCCCCGAGGUGGAGCGGGCCUUCGUCCAUCUGGACUUCGAAUGCGACCACAAGCCGGAGCACUCCAUCCUCGUCAAGCUCCCAUCAAGUCAACCCUGA